ACAAGGAAGCACAAGGGGUUGUAAAAAAUACAGAAAGGAUUGGAUUCUGGGGGAGGUUCAUGGACCAAAACGAUCGGAUUAAACUGAUUUUUGGACCAACAGCCGGAUCUGAACUGGGUUCAAAAUGUUGAUCAUCUCAGUCUUGGUCCUUUUGGGGAGUGGACUACUCGUGAACUGCGAGACACACUCCCUGACCUACAUCUACACGGCCUUCUCCAAACCUGUGGAGCUCCCAGGCAUCCAUGAAUUCACUGCUAUGGGUCUGCUGGACAACAGAAUGAUCGAUUACUAUGAUAGUACUAUUCAAAAGAAAGUUCCUAAACAAGACUGGAUGAAGGAGCGACUCCAGCAGGAAUACUGGGAUAAAGGAACUCAGUCCCGGCAGAGCAAGCAGCAGUGGUUCAAGGUUAACAUCGACAUCCUGAUGAAUAGAAUGAAACAAUCUUCUACUGAAACUCACGUUCUUCAGUGGAUGGUUGGCUGUGAAGGUGAUGAGGAUGAACAUGGUAACCUCCAGUUUAAGCGUGGCAUAAACAUGUACAAUUAUGACGGAAAUGACUUCUUGGGAUUUGAUGAUGAGCAUCAAGUUUGGGUGGCUGCAGCUGAUGCAGCAGUCCUCACCAAGAGGAAGUGGGAUGAAGUCACAGCUCUGAAAGACUACACCAAGGGUUACCUGGAGAAGGAGUGCAUGGAAUGGAUGAAAAUCUUUCUCAAAUAUUCAAAGAUGCAGCUAAGAGAUGCUUCUCCUCCUGAAGUUCACGUGUUCACAACAAAAGCCAAACAGUCCUCAAUUGUCGUGCUGACAUGCCUCGCCACAGGCUUUUAUCCAAAAGAGAUCACCCUAAACAUCAGAAGAAAUGGACGGAUCCUCAAUAAAGAGGAUGGAGUGAAGAGCUCUGGAGUUCGUCCGAAUCACGAUGACACGUUCCAAAGGAGAGAUUAUGUGGAGAUUUUGAGGAGUGACACCGCUGAAUACACCUGUGAAGUCAUUCAUCCAGGUUCCAAUAUGCAUAAGGAGAAAACAUGGGAUCAUCGCCUUCCUCCUCUUGAUGGAACUCACUUUGCAAUUCAUAUUGGCGCUGCUGCUGUCUCCGGUCUGCUUUUUGUGAUCAUGACCUUUUCUGUGGUGUUUUUUGCAUGGCAUGAAAGAAAGGGAAUCUUCAGAAGUCUUCCACCCGUGAUCAGCGCAGUGUCCCCUUCAUCCCUCGGGGACAGCUGCAAACUGCAAGGCACCAGGAUGGAGGACAAGAAGGGGAACCGCCAGUCGUCCGGCAGUGGCGGCCGAGCCUGUACGGAGGUCUCCCUUCUAAAGACCACGACUGGGGUGCCGCAAGGUGGUGGUGGGGUGGUGGAGUGGAGGUGGAGCGUAGCCGGGCACCGACAAUGGUUGGAGGCCACUAACCGAAUCCCCACCUGGGCAACUGCAAGACCCAGCGCCUGCAUCAAGGACCUGCGCAUUCAGCGCUGGAGGCACGUGCGUAUGUAGCCUACUGGGGAGAAGGUGAAAGAGGAGGAGCGCAACCCCACCUCAUCCAACCCCACAUGCACGGACGCAAACGAACCCUCGCCCACUGCAGCCCAUGCGGGACGCCUCUAGGCCGACUGCCCACGUUGAGGCACGCCUUCUGAAUGGGAUUCCUCUUCGUCACCGCAAUUGUUGUUGUCUUCUUUUUCGCAUUUUGCAAGUUUCCACCAACAAUAUUGCCAUCUACCGGAUUCGGGAGAUGACUUAACCAAUUUAAUCUAUUAAUGGCCUGGCAUGUACACAUUUUAUAAUUGGGGAGAGAAUUUGUUAUUUUGAUUUUAGGAUAGAAAGUGACGUGCACGUAAUUGUCUAAAUACGUGUUGCCAGCGCUGAACUUUUUUCCUGACUGCACGGACCCAGAGGAAGGGAGAAUUCUGAGCGCGGCAGCUUACACAUCAACCGUUUAGAUUUUACGGUCUUAAGGUCUAUGAGGCCACCUUUCCUACGGAGGAUGGACCAAAUACGGAGUACAAAUGUGGGACUUCAACUCUAAAUACCUUUGACCAUUAUUCAGCCUUGGACGCACUUAAAUAUGUGCUGGCAGUGCAGCAAUGUGCAACUCAGUUUCAUAUUAUGUAGGUAUGUGACAAAAAUGUUCAAGUUAGGUUGAUUGCUCUGAUAUUUAUAUCACUGGAAAGGGCUGAAAGAGACCAUUCAAACGGUAUAAAGAUAAUUAAGAUAGCUCAAAGAAUAAGAAAGUUGUAGCACGUUAAGUGAUCAAAAGUAGGGUAUAAUUUUAUUCCUGAAUAAACAGCAAAACAGCGACAUUUUUGUGACCAGAAACAAAGAUUAGAGUCUUUAAAUUGACCUAACUUUCUCAAUACUCGUCCAACACACGGCAGGAGGGUAUCGUUGGAAAGCUAAUCAAGCGAACUACAAGAAAUAAGUCACAAAUUUGGUAUUAAAUCAAUAUUCAUUUCCAUAUUAUCAAAUAACCAUACAGAAAUCUGCCCCUGUAUAACUGUAGACAUCGCUUGCAGCCAAUCAGCUUGCUAGAUUUGGUCACGUGACCUCAUGUUCCAGCAUUCAAUUCUUGAACACGGAGGCUUGCGAAUGAAAAAACAGUACCUGCUAAUUGUUUUUUCUCAUGAAAUUUACAACAGAUGAAGAAUACAUCAACAGUAAUAGUACUAGUGGCAAAAUUAGAUGACAACUAACUUUUUUGAAAAAGCUGACGAGUGGUUUUGUGAACUGCAAUUUUCGACCGGAAAAUUUCCUAGCUUGUACUGCACGGAUUGAAAAAAAUUCCAGAAGCAGGUUAAAGAAAAAAUUCUGGACUAUAAUAUUAGUAGAUGUGCUCGCAUGUAUACUAUCCACCGAUUUAGUUACGCUCGUUUUAAGAAGGAGAGAACGCUGCAGCCUCGCGCGCAGGCUGAACAGCAGGUCUGGCAGAAAGUUCCGGCUCCGAAGCUGCACAUAUGCGCGUGCCUAUAUUACGUGAGGCCAAAAUGAAUUUUCACCAGCUUUUGUGCUGGUCAAGUAAAUAUACAAAUAACAUCUAGGGCUGGGUUGAAAAAAUUGAUUAAUCGAUUUGAAUCGAUUUAAGCUUAAUAGAUCAAUAAUCGAUACACAAAAGAUUUAAAUCGAUUUAGCACAUAAAGCGAAA